GUCACGCGUGGAUCAGACGCACGGAGACGCAGAUGGCCGCGUGAGGGACACGGCACGGCGCGUGGAGCCGCGCGACUGCGGGGAAAUGAGCUCGUCUGAGUUUGGCACACAAUCGGAUGGACACACACCUGAUGAAGAGAUCAAAGUCGAGAAGGACACGGACGACACUGCAGACGCUGAAUCGAAACAGAAUUUGGACGAGAAGUCUUUGAACUGCUUCAGCCAGAGAAUCGGCAAGAGAUCUGCAUCACACAGCGUCGUCGGCGUUCAUUUGGAGCAGAACCAGUCGGCGGACAGAAAGAAGCUCAAGGUUGGAGAACCUUUCCAAGAUGGUGGCUCAGAAGAAACGACCAGAUCCCCACAGGACAGAACCAUAUCGUCGUAUAGGAAGCCUCUGUAUGGCAUUUCGCACCGGAUCACUGAGAAAAAGGCCACGUCCAGCAUGGAUCAGCACGAACCCGGGGUCCCGGUCAGCCGUAACGGGAUCCUGUUCCCGAAGUUGGACAGCCCGGUUCAUGUAAGGUUCGAUGCAGCACCGUCUUCCGGAUCCUCUACGUCUCCAGUAUCUCCCGAUUCUCAUCUGUACCCGCUUUUCGAAAAGAUGUUUUUCAUUCUCAACAGUUUGAACUCGAGCAUGACUCAGCUGCACAGUAAGGUGGACCUGCUUUCCAUAGAAGUGACGCGCAUCAAGAAACAGAUCAAGCCUCCAGAGAUGGCAAUGGAAUUCCAUCCUCCGCCGGAAUACAAGCUGACCAGAGAGGAACUGGGUCAGUUGAUGGAGCAGGCCUCCACUGCUGGUGAGCUGGGGUGCAGGCUGCUAGUCCAGCUGUUCCCAGAGCUUUUCACAGCUAAAGAAUGCGCCCACGGGUGUCGAGCUUGUGGCAUCGCUAGCAAACCCGCUCUGGAUUCUUUGCACCUGCAACUCCUACGCAAUUACGUGGAGUCCUGCUACCCGCUGGUCAAAAGCGGAAACGUUUGGCAGAACGAGUGCCUGCCGCAGAUCAACGACUUUUUUAACCAUUUCUGGGCUCAGAAGGACAUGGAGAGUGGGCAAGUCUGUGUCAAACAGACUGGAUUUGACGUGGACCAAAAUCACGGCUGCCAUUUCAUUAACGAGGACGGACAAGACGAGAGCCUGUCGCUGGAUUCUGGAGAGAACCCCGCCCUCAACGGGACCCACUUUGGCCACGUCAAAUCGGACCUCCUUGCUGAUUCCCAAGAAGGCGCGGAGAAUCCCGACGACAUCACGUCAGCUGAGGAGUUUGUAAUAUUCCUGUUGAACAGGCUGUUUCCCGAAGUGUUUGAGGAAGGCAGACUUCCAGACGGACACAGGACGGUCGGAGAGCUGAUGGUCAGUUCGGACAGACUGGAGAUCAUUCGUAAAUACAUGGAGGCAAAUUUUCCAGAAACGACCGAAGACACGUGGCUGCAAUUGUGCGCGCAGCGAAUAGAGGAAGCGCUUGAGAACAAUUCGUCCAAUGGUGGCGAUCAGGAAAACCACCCUGAGGAGAUCUACAAUUCUUUGCCUGAUGAUGUGUCCGUUGUGAAGAUCAGCGAUUUUUCCGACUAUGAAAAGUGCAACCGGAGGUCGAAAAGGUUGUUGCUCGAACCUGUCGACUUCAACAAAAUGGACUUCCCUCAUCCAGAUUUUGAAGUUCCACAAGAGUACCUCCUCACGAAGGAGCAGAUAAGGAGCAUCUACAACAGCAGCUUGUCUAUCGGAAACUUCGCCUCCCGCCUUUUGGUCCUCAUGUUCCCUGAACUGUUCACUCAAGAAAACACUCGCAAGCGCUACAACUGCAGUGGCUCGCUGGGCAAAAAGCAGCUGGAUCCCACUCGGGUCAAUCUCAUCCGCCAUUACGUCCAGCUGCUCUACCCGAGAGCGAAAAAUGACCGAGUUUGGACCCUGGAGUUUGUAGGGAAGCUCGACGAAAGAUGUAGGCGGAGAGAUACGGAGCAACGUCGCUCGUACCAGCAACAGCGGAAAGUCUACAUCUCCGAUCAGGAUCUUGACUUUGGAGACUUCGUAACCGCUGGCCCAAUCUCCUCGGAUCGUCUGAAAGAGGACAUUGAAGUGCCCUUGUUGCCACCUGAAAAAAGUAGUAAAGACUUUUGUAAGAUUCCUCUGGAGGAUCUCAAGGUUUCCAGUCCAGACUUCCCAGUGCCUUCGUCAUACUUACUCUCAGACUCUGAAGUGAGAGAAAUCGUCCAGCAGAGCCUCUCAGUCGGGAAUUUCGCUGCCCGGCUCCUCGUCCGUCUCUUUCCCGAACUCUUUACGCACGAGAAUCUGAGGCUUCAGUACAACCAUUCGGGUGCCUGCAACAAGAAACAGCUCGACCCCGUGCGACUCCGCCUCAUCCGCCAUUACGUCGAAGCCGUGUAUCCCGCAGAAAAAAUGGAGGAAGUAUGGCACUACGAAUGCGUUCCCAGCAUCGACGAGCGCUGUAGACGCCCGAAUCGCAAGAAAUGCGACAUCCUGAAAAAGGCCAAGAGAUCGAACAGCACCGCCUCGGGUUCGUAACCCGGUGGAUUGUAUUCAAACAAAAUUGUAACUUUUUUGCACAAGACCAUAGACGUAAGCUCCUUAUCCAGGUUCCUCGUUUAUCUGAUGUAGCUUCAACACAACGACAGCGAAUCUGAUUUAUGAUAACACUAUUGACAGAUUAGUAAUAUUAAUUUGCCAAACUAACUUUUAAUAGAUAAGCUAUCGUAGCCUUAGGCUAGCAAAUACAGAAGUGGAAAGUAUUUCAUCUUUAGUUACGAGUCACUUUAGUAAUGGCAGAGAUAGAUAGAUAUAUUAUAUAUUUUUUGUUUUUAAUUAAUUCUAAAGUUGCAGCACUGGUGUUUUUCUAACUUAAUGUUCUAGCUGCAGUGAAUACUAAAAUAUAGAAACAGAUCAAUGACUAUUUUUAAAUAAAAGUUUGUGUUUCUC